AAUGCUGGUGUCACUCAGACCCCAAAAUUCCAAGUCCUGAAGACAGGACAGAGCAUGAUAGUGCAGUGUGCCCAGGAUAUGAAACAUGACUACAUGUACUGGUAUCGACAAGACCCAGGCAUGGGGCUGAGACUGAUUUAUUACUCAGUUACUGCUGGUAUCACUACCAAAGGAGAAGUCCCCAAUGGCUACAAUGUCUCCAGAAUAAACACAGAGGAUUUCCUGCUCAGGCUGGAGUCGGCUGCUCCCUCCCAGACAUCUGUGUACUUCUGUGCCAGCAGUUACUCCACAGCGUUACAAGGCUGUCUCCUCUCCGCACAUGAAAGCAGGGAGGCUCUGCCCUCCUCCCCCAGCCAAGACUCAGGGAUGACCUGGGCAGAGUUUUCUGGAACAGGAACCUUGGAACCCCAAGUGGCCCCAACUGGCCCAGAUAGUAUGAACCUCGCUCUGUGCCAGGUGCCUCUGCAGGCAGUCUCAGCCAGGCCUGGGCUGAUCCCAGGUCCUCAGAUGUCUCCUUUGUUGCUCUCUCUGGUCUAUCCUCCGAGCUCUCCUUUAGGGGUUGGGCUAGGGCUCCCUCAGCUCCUACUUUUCAACUCAUCAUCCUGAGUCUGAGGCCCCCAGGAUGAAACAGGAUUUGUAUUUCACAUCCAUCUAGACUCCCAUCUCUCCCUGGUGACCAUGUUGCUUCCUGUCUCUAGGGUUUCCCCUACUCCCC